UUGCUAUGACAUAUGGCUCUUGAAUAUCGAUGCCUCUUAUUACGUAAUAUUUACAAAAAAGUAAAGUAAAGUAAGGAACAAGUUACAAAUCGGAACUCGGAAGUCACCGGAAGGUUACUGCAGAGCAAGCUAUAUAUUAUGAACAUUACCUGCGCCCGCGCAGUGCUCGUUAUAACGUGACCGUGACUUUUGUGAACGUGAACCGAAAACAUGCACAGAAUACUUUUGCUUGCCGUUCUAGGGAUAGCGAAUGCUUACCCAGUACUAUUCGAUGAACCCUUACAUGCAGGGAUCGAAUAUGCUCCCCUAGCUCCAGCAGUACACUCCCACCCUUCUGUAGAACUUAAUGCAGCCAGCGAAGCACAACUCCCAAGGGAACUCCUUAAAUCAAAUGCCUUUUAUGAUAACCCCGCAAUUGCUGCUGGCUUGGCGAAAGAAUCAUGGUUUACUAAUAAGGAAAUGCAGGUAGUUGAGCGUGAGGCUGAAAAGAUACCGAGACAGAGGAUCUAUGAUAUGGUGAAAGGUGCUGGCUUCCUUGAUCAGCACUAAACAUUGAUUACCUACCUUACAUAUUCUUUUGACAACUACAAUUAAUUUGUGUAUCAUAGAUUUUUAUCUACAGCUGCAAUGACUUUUCUUCACACAUUAUUAUUUAGAUAGUUAAAAUAUAUGUUAGUUAAAAUAUUAUAUUUAUUUAAGUAGAUAAUAUUGUUGUCUUAUCUUAGUUUGAAUAUUUGUUGCGUGAAUUCCGUUGAUUAUAAGUAUUUUUAAGUCGUAUAUUUUAAACAUUUUAGUUUGUAAGCCUUGUAUAUGCACGUAACUUUAAUUAAGGGCGUCACCUAGUUUGAUUUAAUUUUAAUUUAAUUGUGUGAAUGUGUAAAAUUAAUACCUGUGAUCUCGAACAAUAAGUACUAACGUCACCCAGCAUUCAUGAACAGGUUUUUGAACAAAAUCUGUAAGAAGA